GCCGGGGCGGAGCCGGAGCGGUGCCGGGGCGGAGCCGGAGAUGGCGGCAGAGCGGGAAGAGGAGCCGGGCCCCGGUCCCUGUCUCUGCCCAGGGCUGACGGGGGGUGAGCGGGGCACGGCCGGAGGGUGCCGGUGCUCCGCUCUGCCCGCUCCUAGGCAGGGGGUCCUGGAGAAGGCCCGGCGCCGCCUGAGGCAGUUCGAUGUCGGGGACAAGUUCUCCCGCUUGCCGCUGCCCAGAGCCGCCGUGCUGCUGCCGCUCACGGUGCGAGCGGGGCGGCUGCACCUGCUGCUCACCGUCCGCUCCAUGCAGCUGAGAAGAUCACCAGGGGAAGUGUGUUUUCCAGGAGGUAAAAGGGAAGCCACUGAUAAAGAUGACAUUGACACUGCUCUCCGAGAAGCUAAAGAAGAAGUGGGUCUUCAGCCAGAGAAGGUGGAAGUCAUCUGUAGGCUGAUGCCUGGAAUUGAUAAAAUGAAUAACUUGGUGACACCAGUUGUAGGAUUUGUGGAGGAUACAUUUGAGGUCACUCCUAAUCCAGAUGAAGUGAGCGAGAUUUUUGUUGUGCCUUUGGAGUACUUUGUCAAGCCCUUAAAUUACAAGACCUUCUCUUAUAAAACCUCCUCAGGUUACUUAACUCGGAUACACUGCUUUAUAUAUGAUGACCAGGAACACAGAAAGUCAUUCAAGAUAUGGGGACUGACUGCCCACUUUGCUGUAUUUCUUGCUCUUGUAAUUUUUGGAGAGAGACCUACCUUUGAAGUGGAUUAUGAUCUUGACAACUUAAUUUCAUCCUCUGAGAAUUACUUCAUUAAUUUGUAUGCAUCUGUACAUGAAAGAAAGAAGAGUAAUCUGUGAUAACUUGGUCUGGCCAUUAAUUUAUUUUGAAAGAGGAAAAGGGAGGUUUGUUUAUUUCCUUUGUACCUAUUUUUUGAAAGCUACACUUGCAUUUCUCCUGAAUUGGGAACUUUAAGUUGACAAUCCCUAACUAGAUUAAUACCAUUUUUAAUCUCUUAAAGAGUUCUGAGAAGCACACAGUAUUUAUUGUGAAACAGACUUUCAAAAGGUCUGUUUCCAUUUAGGUGCCUUUGUUCGGUGGGCUUCUGUGGUUUGCCUUGUCUAUAAUGAGGUAAUACUAUUUGAUGUAAUUUCUCUUUGAGUUAACCUGUGAAAACUUUUGGAGAUCUGGCUACCUCUUGCACGUGCCAUACUUGGACAAUGUGAUCCAUACAGUCUUGUGUGGUAUUGUUAAGCACUUACAGAAUGCACAAUAAAAAUACAAACAGUU